UCAUCUGACUCGCUUCGAAUUCAAUGCUCGCACGUGUUCGUCGUGAUAUGUGCGUUUCUUUCCUCGCAAAUCGAGGUUAUGUUUAGUCGAAACAAACAAGCAAUGGGGAAAAUCAAAAAGGAUAAAUCUCAGACGUGGAAACCGUUGAAAUUAGAGGGUGCCUUUUUCGCUGAAGGUAUUGAUGGCCUGAUCGGAAUUGAAGAAUUGACGGAUUACAGUCUCGAAAAAGGAACCAAAAAACGAAAAGCAACUCGCUCCGAUGACAAAUCAGACAAGGGUAACAAGAAGAAAAAGGCUCAGAAACUCGAUGACCAGAUUGACAAUGACGAGGAAGACGAGCAUUCAGCUCAAAAGAAAAAACUUAGAGCAGCUGUGAAAGGAGAGAAAGUGAAGCCGAAGAAGAAGAAGCAAAAACUCGACGAUAAACGUGGUGUAAAGCAAUCUGAUCUUAUUGAAGAAGAGUCUGGUAUUGGAUCGGAUAGCGAAUCUAAUUUGGAUAAAAACGGGCAUGAGGUUGAUGCAGAGGAUGGAUGUCUGGUCAAUCCAGACAAUCUAAAAUCAGAUAUAAACGUACAUUCAUGGACUUCGCUGGGUGUACCUGAAAUAUUGGUAAAAGCAUUGGCUGACCAAGGUUUUCAAGCUCCGACACCAAUUCAGGCUCUGACCUUGGCUCCAGCAAUUUUGGGAAGGAGAGAUAUUUUAGGUGCCGCUGAAACAGGAAGUGGAAAAACUUUGGCUUUUGGUUUACCAAUUUUAAAUGGUAUUCUGGAGGCUCAGAGGAAAGAGGCAGAUAAAGUGAACGAAAGCAAUAAUUCAACUGAAACAGGUGAUCAGGACUGGAACAAAUUAGGUGAAUCAGAAAAUGAAGAUGACGAAGAUAUACUCUCUAUGGAUGAAUUGUCAAAUGAAGAAUAUUCAGAUUCUGAACACGACUAUGUCACAAAAGAAAGUGAAGAGGAUAAUGAGGAAGAAUCAGAUUUUGAAGAAAGAGAAGAAAUUGUUAGUGAUGAACUGUUAAAUGCGGAAGGUAUCGGUUGUGUCAGAGCAAUUGAUAAUAUUAUGAUUAAUGACUCGCGCGGCUCUCCAAAAAAGCCCCUGUACGCCUUAAUUCUAACACCAACCAGAGAGUUGGCUAUUCAAGUUAAAAACCAUCUUGUGAAGGCUGCAAAAUACACUGGGAUCAGAAUUGCUGUCGUCGUGGGAGGGAUGGCUGCUGUUAAGCAGGAGAGAAUUCUUAGCAAAUCACCGGAAAUAGUUGUUGCUACACCAGGUCGAUUGUGGGAACUUAUUCAAGAAGGCAACGCGCACCUUAAUCAAGUUGAUGAUGUCAAAUUUCUGGCUAUUGAUGAGACAGAUAGAAUGGUGGAAAGAGGACACUUUCAGGAGUUACACAGUCUUCUCGAAAAAAUAAACAUGAACGGUGAAAAAAUGAAAACGCGACAAACGUUCGUUUUCUCCGCGACACUGACCAUGGUUCAUGAUAUUCCGCAGCAUUUGUCAAAGAAGAAAAAUAAACACCGACAUAAAAUACAGAAAUUCACACCCGAACAGAAGUUGAAAAAAGUUAUUGAAAUGAUAGGCAUUUCAAAUCCUAAAGUUGUUGAUGUUACUAAACAAUCUGGAACUGCUGCAAGUUUGACUGAAUGUCGUAUAGCAUGUACAAUUGAUCAUAAAGACUACUACCUUUAUUAUUUACUGAAAAGACAUGCUGGUAGAACUUUGGUAUUUUGUAACAGUAUUGGUUGCGUCAGAAGGCUUGCGACUUUAUUGGAGAUUUUAGAAUGCAAUCCUUUACCGCUGCAUGCUAGUAUGCAGCAACGGCAAAGGUUGAAGAACCUUGAAAGAUUCCAGGCAAAUGAAAAUGGUGUCUUAAUAGCUACUGAUGUCGCUGCCAGAGGUUUAGACAUACCUAAUGUAGAACAUGUGAUUCAUUAUCAAGUGCCAAGAACAUCUGAGGGCUAUGUACACAGAAGUGGCAGAACAGCCAGAGCACAGAAGGAGGGCAUCACUAUUUUGUUAAUGGAACCAUCAGAAAUGCAAUAUUACACUAGACUAUGCAAAACGCUCGGAAAAACUCAGGAUAUACCCACCUUUCCUGUUGUAGACCGACUGUUAAUUGCUGUAAAGGAAAGAGUAAACUUGUCGCGAGAAAUAGACAGAUUAGAAUUGUUGUGUAGAAGGGAUAAUGCCCAGAAGGGUUGGUUGCAUAAAGCAGUCGAAGAUAUGGACCUCGUGCUUGACGAGGAUCAAUUAGAAUCCACAAUGGAGGUCCAAGAAAGUGCAGAUUUAAAAAGGCAACUCAAAGCUAGAAGACGUCAGCUAAAGAGUUUACUGGCAAAACCACUUUUUCCUAAGGGUUUCUCUGGGAAAUACUUAGAUUCUAGCAUCGAAUUUCAAUUGGAUCAAGGUGCACAGAAAGCAGUUGAUGUUAUGAAACAAGCUAUUGAAGAAAAGCCGAAAAAAAAUAAAAAAAUCAUCCCUGGUAUUCCAAAACCAAAACGUUUUUCAAAGCUGAAAUUUUCUAGAAAAAGAAAGUAGAACAAUCGUAUUUUAAUUUUCAUGAACAGUUUCGAAUUUGUACGAUAAUUUGAUGUGACAAAACAAAUUACUUUCACCAGAUUUUCCUAAAAAAAGUAGCUUGUUUAAUAAUGUAAGAUAUGAAAAUAUGUCUUGCAUAUGUAUAGUACAAAAAUCGUUUCAAAUAAAAUAACGAUUUUGGAAUAG